UCUCUCAGUAUAGCCAUACCUCACCGCUAGUACAGUCAUAAUGAAAAUCGCUACCCUUGCUGUGGUUUCUGCCUUUGCGGCUACAGCAAUUGCUGGCCCAAUUCGCCCCGAUGGUGUUGGAAGUGACAAGUUCUUGAUUGAGCUCGGCCCUGGAGAGACUCAAUGGGUUACUAAGCAACAGAAGCAUGAGAUGAGAGCAGCGGGUCAAGGUUUCGUUGAUAUUACAGAUGAGUUUGGUACCGACUUUACUACGGCUGAGGUCGUUCCUGCAAACUACCCAAAGACUGCUCUUCACGCGGCCGUCGUAAAUCCUAUGAUUGCUGGUCUGUCUAAGGAGAACCUUAUGCGCGAUCUUAAUACCCUAGUGAAAUUCAACAACCGGUACUACGAGUCACCCACUGGCGUUGAAUCCGCUACCUGGAUCUUUAACGAAGUCCAGAAGAUUAUCCAAGCCUCCGGGGUUAAGGGAGCCAAAGUUGAAAAAUUUGCCAACAAGUUCAAGCAAUUUAACGUCAUUGCUACUAUUCCCGGAGGCUCCAAGAAUACUGUUAUUGUUGGGGCCCAUCAGGAUAGUAUUAACAUAAAGGACCCUAUGAAGGGACGCGCUCCCGGUGCUGAUGAUAAUGGAAGUGGAAGUGUUGUUGUCCUCGAAGCCUUCCGCAAUGUUUUGAAGUCCAAGGCUAUUCAGGCUGCUAACGCUACCAACACCUUGGAAUUUCACUGGUACGCCGGCGAGGAGGGUGGCCUGCUUGGUUCCAACAAUAUCUUUAAGAAGUACAAGGCCGACGGAAGGAAGGUGAAGGCUAUGCUUAACCAGGACCUCACCGGAUUUACCAAGAAGGGCAACCCGGAGCAGUUCGGUCUUAUUACUGACAACACCAACGCUGAAUUGAACGAGUUCUGCAAGACCAUUGUUAAUAAGGUAAGUUAUCUCUUACGACUUUCUCCAUUUGACAUCCACAUAUAUUAACUCAAGCCAGUAUGCUUCUAUUAAAAUCCUCGAGGCCAAAUGUGGCUAUGCUUGCUCUGACCAUGCUUCCGCUCACCGAAACGGCUUCCCAUCAUCCUUCAUUGCUGAGACUAACUUCCGUAACACCAACCCAUACCUCCACACUGCUGAUGAUGUUAUUGCCAAUUUGGACUUCAACCACAUGCUGGAGCAUGCUAAGGUUGUUGUUGGGUUUAUGGGCGAGCUUGCCAUGGCCCCCAACUUGUAAAUACUUUUUCUUUCUCACCCGUACUGGCACACACUAUUCGAGGCUUGCAUGUUAGAAGUGUACAAUCCCCGAACUAAGAAGUGCAUGCAGAUAUUUGUCAAUUACAACUACUAGAAAUGAAAAUAUGCAGCUAUGGCAGGGCCGCAGUUAUGGUCAUAUUCGUCUUAAACUAUGGAAAGCACUGGUCGAGGCCGCUUUUUAUAGCAGUAGCAGGUGAUAUGGAUAGCCUGGCUUGUAUUAAGCCGUCGCUUCAUGGGACUGCCUUUCUCUCCUCGGCUCACAUGCCCUAGUCACCCGGGGCUAUGUAGCGAAACUUAGUUACUUUUAUAACAGUUACCUUAGUCUGAAGUGUAGUAAUUACAUCCUAUUUAGUGGGUGGUGGGCCUCCCGGCUGCAAUGCCGAAGACAACACGUAGUUUAGAAUAUCAAACAUAGAUUCAAGUGAAAAUAU